AUGAUCGGCAGUUCGAGCUCAGAGCAACAAGAGAAUCAUGGGGAAAGCCUGUGCAUUGCACUUAUGAGAGAAGAUUGGACGACGGUCUUGCAAAUUUUUGAAAACCAACCACAGAUUCAGGAUAGAAAGAUGGGUGAUAUGAUGAAGGCAACAAAUGAGAUACGUGGUUCGCGCCAUGAUGAUGAGUCGUGGUCCGACACAGCUUUGCACUGGGCUAUCGCUAAUGGGGCACCAGAAGAUGAAGUAGUUGAGAAACUGGUGAGUGAAAUAGAGAAGACUGGUAAGGCAUUGGAGACUCUGAAAGCUAAGAAUAGUCGAGGAGAUACCCCUUUGCACUGUGCAGCCUCACGUGGCUCUGACACCAUUUGUCGUCGCAUCACACGUGUCCACGAGUCAUUGGUUUGUGAGCGUAACAAUGAAGAAGAGACACCUCUCUUCUUGGCUGCUCUUAACGGUCACCAAUCGGCCUUCGAUCAUCUCCAUUCAAUUUGCCUAAAGGUGGAACUGUCGUUACCCCCCGAAAUCUGGACAAGAAAAAACGGAGAUACUAUACUUCACUGCACCAUUCGGAGAAAACACUUCGGUCAGCACAUUUAA